AUGCGGCGCUCCAACCUCGCCUGCCCGACCUGGGCUGCAGAGGCGGCGGUGAGCCGCCAGGGAAUGGCACGAGAGCGCCGCGUGCUAUGCGCGCUGGCGCUCGCUUGGUGCCUCGCCGCCUUCGCCACGCCCUUUGCCAUGGUCCACGGUGUGCCAAUGGAGGCCUUGCAAGGUGCCAUGCUCGAGGAGGCCACCUUUUCUAUCAAACCCUCUUUCCUCCUCCCCCCCCCCCCCCUCUCCUCCCCCCCUUCCCCAUCACCCUCCCCCACCCCCUUCCCCCUCACCCUUCCCCACCCCCCUCCCCUCCCCCCCACCCCCACCCCCCUCCCCUUCCCCCCACCCCCACCCUUCAUCCCACCCCUCGACCCGUCCCUCUUCCCUCCCCCUUUUCUCCCCCCCCCACCUGUCCCACCUUCCCCAACUACCCCCUCCACGUGCAGUGCAAUUCCUGUAGAAUUGCGAGACGGCAUGGGGUAA